AUGGAAUCCCAUAAUUCUAAAUCCUCAUUGUCUGAAAAAAGGGAAGAUAACAUUGAGGAGUUAAAGAAUAAAAACGCAGGUAAAAAUGUUUUUGAAACAUUGCUAAACCUUUUUUUAGAGGAAAAGGAAAGUAACAAAAUAAAAUAUGAAGAUUUGUCUAAUCAUAUUGAUAAAUUAAAGGUAUAUUUUGAUGAAAAAAUUAACUUUCUUAAAGAUAACACUCAUGAAAAUUUGGAAGAGUUAAAAUAUUACUUAGAUCAGUUAAAUAAAAACAAUAAAGAUAAUGCAGAAAAAACUAGUACAUACAAAGACGAUUUUGAUACAAUAAGGAAUGAAAUAUUACAUUUAAAAAAACAAAAAGAGGAUGAUAUAGACCUUAUGAAAUCCAGUAUUCAAGCAUACUCCACCAAAAUAAAAAAUAUGAUAAGUAUUAUGAACAAAAAUAUUGAAAGCAUAAAGGAAGAACUUACGAAUUUUCAAGAAAAUAUUAAAAUUGAAAGCAAAAAAAAAUAUAUUGAAAUUCUAGAAUUAAUAAACAAUGAAAAUGAAACCAUAAACAAAAAAAUUAAGCAAUCACAUGACGAGCUAAAUAAUGAUAUAGAAGAUAUUAAAAAAUACAUCCGAGGGGUUAAAGACAGCCUAGAAAAUGAAAUAAAGGAUAUAAAAUCCGUAAUUAGCACAAAUAAAAUAUCGAUAGAUGACAAAAUCAAUUCAAUAACUAUAAAUCAAAAGAAACUCAUGAAUGAUUUCUACCCUACUGAAAAAAGUUAG